AUGGAAACCAAACGCCCCCGUCCACACGCUCUUGAAGCUCGGAAAAAGUGCAAAUACUAUUUCUUCCACUGGCGUCGUUUUCGCAACGACGAAGUAUGGUGUAAAUGCGAUACUCACCGUUUGAGUAGAGGUUGGACCAGUGACCACCCUGGUAUCAAUAAGUUCAUAAAGGAAACUCAACGAUGCACCCGAGAUUGGAUGGAUCCCUACCUGGAAUGGAUUCCCUACGAAAACUUGAACAAUAUUCAGAAGAUUGGAGAGGGUGGCUUCAGUGUGGUGUAUUCGGCCGAAUGGGGUGAUAUAGAAAAACGUAUCUCAUGGCCGUCCAAGAAUAGAUCGCUGCCGGUGGCAAUAAAAAGACUCAAGGGAUCUCAGGAAAUGUCGGAGAGUUUUAUCGAAGAGUUACGCACCCAUCACCGUUGCAUCUCAACACCCCCCGCCACCAACGAUAAUAUAAAAUACGAUCACGGAUUUCUGCGUUUUUUUGGAAUCACUCAGGAUCCUGAGACAAAAGAUUACGCGAUGGUUACCGAGCUUGCGUCACUCCGCGAUAUUCGUCACGUACUAGACCAGAUGUUCUACGAGAUAAGUUGGUCUGACAAACUAUACUGGUUAAGAAAUAUUUCCAGCAAUCUGGUGACCAUCCACGAAAACGGUUAUACGCAUCGGAAUUUACACCCAGGUAAUAUACUUAUAGGGCAGAUCAAGGAUGGCACGAUGAGGCCAGAAGCGAGGAAUUUGUUGAAACUGUUUGAUCACUGGUGGGACCGUACGCAGGAUUCGGAGAUGCUUGAUGACGAGUUUAGUCAGGCUGACAAAUAUAUACCAGAACAGAAGAGAGAGUAUGAGAAUCACCCGGGGGCAGUCUAUGUUAGUAGGGAAAUUAAUUUUGAGGUAUUGUCUACGGGAAAUACUGAAAAAGAAAUCAAUUUCAAAAAUUAA